AUGCUCGCGAAGCUGGUGCUGGUAACUUGCCUUGGCGUCGCAACUGCCCGUCCCAAAAUGCGAGGUGGGAGGGACAUGAUCCUGUAUACUGGUGGUGCAAUAGCACUACUGAGGAAUCCUCCAAGUGAUUCGUGCACCACCAUCACCAUAACGGAUAGUACAACCAUUCCUUCGGAGUUCGUGAAGGAUCUUCUCGGAAAAUCAGCGUGGAAGCAGUGGCAAAUGAUGACAACAUUUGAGCUAAAUUUAGAAAAGAGAAACAUCAGCAUGAACGAUCGAGUGAAGAAGUUGAUCUCCUUAGCACGUCAGGUGCGUUUGCUGUCCUGGUGCUCGAGGAUGGUGGUAGUGAGUCUCGAUCAUGACUUCCUCGGUGCCUUCGCCGAGUGGUCCCUGAAGGGCCGGCUGUUGGUGUGGACCACCAAGCUGGUGGUGGUAACUCGCCUGAAUAUUCCGCAGCUCCAAAUCCUUCUACCUGCCCAUUGGACUUUCUCCAUGAUGAACACAGUCUUCCUCAACAUAGAGGGCACUUCUGAGCAAACCCGCUUCUACGGUGCAAAAGUAAACGUGACGUCCGGAACCUACAUGCCUUACUGGGACGAGGAAGAAGUGCUGGCCGCUGAUGGUUCAAAGACAAUCGUUUAUCGCGGCUCUGACUACCGCAUGGUGGAUGCCAUUGCCUCGGUUCUUAACUUUACUAUCCGUGUCCUUCCGACGUCAUCGUGGACUGAGGUAACAAGACUAGUGGAAGAGCAGACUUCACUGAUAUCUUCAAUUAUGCACGUUUUUCUUCCCGAGCGCGUCAAAAAAUUUGACUUCACUUACUUAUAUGAGAAUGCAUAUUCGUCAUUUGGCAUGGCUAAACCCGAUCUUGAGCCUCGAUGGAAAAGCGUUUACUAUCCUCUGUCUACUGGAGUGUGGACGCUCAUUCGUACAGGACAUGGUGGGUACCCAAACGUGGGCGUGGGGGCGGUGUUACAUGACGUGGUAGGAAUGCUACUUGGCCAGAACCUUCCUCGCCGUCUGUCCUAUACCUCCUCCAGCAGGGUUCUGGUUGCUGCCUGGCUGUUGUUCGCACUAAUCCUCGGGAUGGCCUACCGCGGCAACCUGACUGCCUCUCUCACCCUUCCCAAGUAUCCACCGCGCCCAGAGACACUCGAAGAAAUCGUCAACUACGUUGACAUGUAA